UACACUCGCAAACGCCAUUAAAAACUAGGGCUGAGGGGCUUACGUUGAAAACUUCCCUUGUUUAGCUAAUCAUUUGGACCGACAACGAAAUAUUGCCGCUGGGAUUCCCCCAAAGCAUAAGGCGGAGGGUAAGUGGACAAGGGUGUGUCUUUGAUGAGUUUGAAACAGCCAAGAUAGCAAGCGCACACAUUUUUUUCAAGAAAUUUACCUUUCUAUUUGGAAAUGUGCGUAAGGAAAGCGGGAGUACUGUACUUGUGUUCUGGCCACUUUGUAGCCUACAGUACCUGACAUUCCGAAGGACUUCAAGUUGUUGAUCAACUAAAAUGACUUGUGGUUGUCAUCGUGAAGAAUACUGGAUCGUUGAAAAACAUUGAUAUUCCUGUAGCCUACUUUGUUACCCCUCUAAACGUAUAGGCAGGCCUAUGUGGAUGUGAGAUAUCUGACGCACAUUUAAAACAUCGAGCGCACAGGUUACCUAAUGGAGAUGGAUUUCCAAAGGCUGCUGUUGCAGGUGGAACAAGCCCUGAGCAGGGAAGAAGUACAAGCACUUGCAUUUCUUUGCAAAGAUCUGCUUGAGAAAGACUGUAGCUCAGUGCCCACAGCAAGUCAACUCUUCUCUCUUCUGACGGACCAAGAACUGUUAACCCCCGAUCAGCCUUACUUGCUUGCUGAUUUAUUAUGUACCAUCCAGCGCCACAGCUUGAUGCGAGAGCUUGGCCUCAACAACCAGCUUCCAACAACCAGUAGCCUCAUCUCUCCAUAUAGAAAACUGCUGUAUGACCUAUCAGAGAACACCACUGAAGACGAGUUGAGAGAGAUUAAGUUCCUAUUGGUUAACAUACUCCCUCGUAGGAAACUGGAGGGCAACGUGACUACCUUGCAAGUAUUCCUGGAAAUGGAGAAAAUUGAUAUUUUGAGCGUCAUAAAACUAAACAUUGUUGAAAGUAUGUUUGGAAGUGUCUGCCCCAUGUUGAAAACAAGAAUCAACCAGUUUAAAACAAAGCAGGGGCCAGUAACCCAAAAAACAGGGGUGGGAUUGUUAAGACCAAGGUCUUCUUCUGCAUGUCUUCCAGAAAACCAGGCUGUCUCCAUGCUUCCAAUGAGACCUGUGUCAUGUGGACUAUCAGUCGAACAACGUGGACAUUCUGACACGAUGUUCUUUCCCUCUUCGUACUUCUCUUCAGCUUCACAGCCUUCAGCUGAGGUGUCCACUCUGAAUCCAGCUGACACCUCUCUGGGUGAGUCCCUGAGCCACACUGAACAAGAUGUUCGGAGGGUCUCAGAUACAGCGGAUGCAGUACUUUCACAUAGGCUGGGUCUCCUAAGUACCAGUGGGGACAACAAUGCUGCUCUCAGCCAAGAGAACCACCAUGUUUCAUCCAUACCCUCACGUGGACACAAUAAGAACUUUGACCCUGCAAAUCGUCAGCCAGGAAACACCACAAAAGAGGAAGUGGGAGAAUAUGCUAUGACAGGAAGAAAGAGAGGUUACUGUCUGAUAAUUAACAACUACAACUUCAGAAAUUCUCCAAAACCCCUAAACAAUAGAGAGGGAACACAGGUUGAUGAAAGCAGUUUGGUGAGUGUGUUUGAGUGGCUGGGCUUUGAGACGCAGAUUGAGCCAGACUGCAGCCGGGAGCAGUUACUGUCUCGAGUUGAGGAGCUCCGCAGCCGUGACCACAGCCAGAUGGACUGCCUGGUGUGCUGCGUUCUGAGCCACGGGCUGGAGGGAGGUGUUUAUGGGGUGGACGGGCUGAAGGUCAGAGUCAGGGAGCUCACAGAGCCCUUCUCUGGACUGGAGUGCAGCUCACUGAGGGGAAAGCCCAAGCUGUUCUUUAUCCAGGCCUGUCAGGGCAUCGAGGAACAACAGCCAGUAUUCAUUCAGUCCGAUUGCCCAGGCGCUGAUGGCUCUACUAUCACCAGCUCUAUCUGCACUGAUGCAGUGGUACCCAGAGACUCCAUUCCCUCUGAUGCCGACUUCCUUCUGGGCAUGGCCACUGUCCCUCACUUUGCCUCUUUCAGAGACAUAAGUAAGGGCACUUGGUUCAUCCAGUCAUUGUGCCAGAACCUCAUCAACAUGGUUCCCAGUGGGUAUGACUUGCUGUCCAUCCUGACCAAGGUAAACGAUGAUGUCAGCAGUAAGAGUGAUAACCAUGGCACCAGGAAGCAGAUGCCCCAGCCUGCAUACUCACUCAGGAAGAGGCUGGUCUUUCCCAUCCCAAAAGACCCUCCUCCCAGACUACAUGAGCCAGAAAUAUUGGCUUGAGAGCACUAGAGAAGAGGGGUUUAAAUAUGGUCCUUAUACUUUCCCAUCCCAAAAGACCCUCCUCCGAGACUUUUCCUCUCAGACUACAUGAGCCAGAAAUAUUGGCUUGAGAGCACUAGAGCAGAGGGGUUUAAAUCUGGUCCUUAUACUUUCCCACCAAAUCAGGAAUGGAUUCAGACACUGUAUGUGUAGACUCACCAACAAUAUAUACACCCUCUGGGAUCACUCAGGUAGAAGGUGCAGGUUUACGUUUUAUACCUCGCUCUGUUUUAUUUACACUACCAGUCAAAAGUUUGGACACACCAAGUCAUUCCAGGGUUUUCUUUAUUUUUACUGUUUUCUACAUUGUAAACUGUUAAAAUAACAUAUAUGGAAUCAUGUAGUAACCAAAAAAAGUGUUAAAACAAAAUAUAUUUGAGAUUCUUCAAAGUAGCCACCCUUUUCCUUGAUGACAGCUUUGCACACAUGAGUAGGUGUGUCCAAACUUUUGACAGGUACUGUAUAAAAAAUGAAAUUCAGUAGAAAUAUAUAUUUUUUUAAACUGUAAAUAGAAAAUUGUAGGAAAUGUUUUUAAUGCUUCAAUAUGAAACCUUUUGGCCAAAGUCACAUGAAAUUUGAGUUAUAGGUCUGUCAUUCUCAUUGAAAGCAAGUCUACGAAGCAGUAGAUCGGUUCUAUGUGGACUAUUUCUAUACUUAAAGUUUUUUUGUUUACAUCUGUUUUGUACAACAGUUUCAUACACCUGAAAAUACAAUAUUAUUGGUUAUGGAAAUAUAUUUCACAGCAGUUUAAAUGGUACAAUGAUGCUCUACACUAUACUUGCUUGUUUUGUCACACUGAAAUUAGGCGAACUAUUAGAAUUUUAGCAACCAGGAAAUGGCAGAGUGAUUUCUGCAUAUUGCAUCUUUAAAUUGUAUUUUUAAAUGGUGUAAAGGAGAAGCAAUAACAAUAUAACUGAAGAGCAUUUAUCAUGCAACUUGUUUACCAUUUUGUUUUUUCUUCUAUAUUAUAAAAUUCUUAUCCCCUUGUACGUUGACUUCCUAAAUCAAUAAAGGCAAUUUUCAUUCAAUGUUGA